AUGGCGCGCGUAUAUGCUGACGUGAACCAGAGCAUGCCCCGCAGCUAUUGGGACUACGACAGCGUCAACAUCAGCUGGGGCGUCCUUGAGAACUACGAGGUGGUACGCAAGAUUGGCCGCGGCAAGUACUCGGAGGUCUUCGAGGGUAUCAACGUCGUCAACUAUCAGAAAUGCGUCAUCAAGGUCCUCAAGCCUGUUAAGAAGAAGAAGAUCAAGCGAGAGAUCAAGAUUCUACAGAACUUGGCCGGUGGCCCUAACGUCGUCGCCUUGCUCGAUGUUGUGAGGGAUUCACAGAGCAAGACGCCGUCGCUCAUCUUCGAGUACGUCAACAACACCGAUUUCCGAAGCUUGUAUCCCAAGUUCAACGAUCUCGAUGUUCGAUUUUACAUCCUUGAGCUGCUCAAGGCUCUCGACUUCUGCCACAGCAAAGGCAUUAUGCAUCGCGACGUAAAACCUCAUAACGUUAUGAUCGAUCAUGAGAACCGAAAGUUGCGCCUUAUUGACUGGGGCCUGGCCGAGUUCUACCACCCGGGCACCGAGUACAACGUUCGCGUGGCAUCGCGGUACUUCAAGGGUCCUGAACUCCUGGUAGACUUCCAGGAGUAUGACUACAGCCUCGACAUGUGGAGCUUGGGCGCCAUGUUCGCGUCCAUGAUCUUUCGCAAGGAGCCUUUCUUCCACGGCAACAGCAACUCGGAUCAGCUGGUCAAGAUUGCAAAGGUCCUCGGCACAGACGACCUCUUCGACUACCUGGACAAGUACGAGAUUGAGUUGGACGCACACUUCGUCACGUCUGAGAACCAGCGAUUUGUCUCUAAUGAAGCCAUUGACUUUCUCGACAAGCUUCUGCGUUAUGAUCAUCAGGAACGACUCACCGCAAAAGAGGCGCAAGCUCAUCCUUACUUCGAUCCCGUCCGGGACCCGGAAGUUUUCAAGCAAAACUUGGCGAGCCCGAACGGAACGGCCUACAAGUCUUCAUGA